GGCUGAGUGCGCCACACACGUAACACUUCUUUACAUGCUCUUACUUCUCAGGCCAUUGCUUUCACCAUGAAACCUCGAAUCUGUGUGCUUUUUGUCUUUGUGUAUUGCUUCUGGGCAGCUGAAGGACAACGUAAAGGAAGCAAAAGAAGCAGCAAUGAAGAGCCAGUUAAAUUCAACACCAAAUCUAAGGACAACUGUGAAAUGCUGCUGAGUGGCAAAGAUGAACUGAAACUCAGGGUUGAAUGCAAAAACCAAAGCAAGCACUACUGGUGUGAAUAUGCUGGCAAGCCAUCCCUGUGCCGCUCCUUUAAUGGAAAUCCCAAACUGUACUGGCACCAGAUUAGCCUUGUUCUCCGCAAGACCACCAACGCCUGUCAGGCCACAGAUGUGCUUAAACCAAGCAUGUGCUACAAGGCUCCAGCUGAAGCCCACAUGAAACAAACUGCCUCCAGUCUAAAGCAGACCACUCAGAAGCCGGCUAAAGCUACCCCAGGAAAGCUGGGUGCAAAAGCACCUCCAGCAAACAAGUCCCCAAAAGUAGUGCACACUACUACUGCUAAACCCACUGCUGCAGCCAGUGGCCCAAGUGAGGUGGACAAGAUGGCACAGGACUACUGCUGGGAAUCGCUUCAGGGCGUCUGCUCCUUUUUCAUAGGUCUCUUCAAGGGCUAAAGGCGCAGGUCAAAAGUGAGUGCAGAAGGUUUUUCUGAAGGCAACAUUUACAGGGUACAAAGAUGCAGUACUCAGCCAUUCUUAUAUUUCAUUGUGAAACGCAACUUUUUAUUAGUUUAACAAUUGAAGACUCACUAUUCUGUCAAUGAAGCUUUCUAGUAUUAGCUGUGUGUGCAUGUGUGUAUAUACGAAUGUAAAUCUGAUAUUCUUAUCACACUUUAAGCAAACAUAGUCUUAUAUAAAAAUAUAUUUCCUUUUAAAUUUUUCAUUUUGCUGUUGCAUUGAUAGAAAUAUCAAUUGUAAAUUGUACAAAAUGUGUAUAACUGUGCUAGCACUUUGAUUAUAUUGAAUUGUUUAAUGAUUAAGAUCAAUUACAUUGAGCAAAAUUACAAGGUAACAGCAUCCAUUUAUAGUGAUAAGGACUUUUUAGAAAAAUAUACAUGAAUUUACAUAGUGACACUUUUAUAUAGAUGCUGUGUUGGAUAAUGUCACAACACAUUUUAUAUAAAGACGAUGAAAGUUUCCUUAUUAAACAGCAUUUUUAAAUUCUUACACUCUUA